GACUGUUAUGAAAGAGUUUACUGCAAAUCAUAAUAAAAUAAUGGCUAAGAAGAGUCAAGAAGCUGAGGAAUACAUUGCGAAGAACUACUUCGAGCAUGUAAUGCAAACAAUGGAGAAUUCUAUUCAGAAUUUAAGAAUUCAAAGUACUGCCGAAGGUGUUUCAGCAGUGAGCAGCAUGUGGCAAAUAUAAUCUACGCCACAAACU